AUGUCCGUUUCUACACCUCAAACGUUACUGCUCGUAUUAUUCAAAUCUACGGAAACUCCUAUCAACCCAAUAGUACAAUCCGUAUUGUCAUCUUUCGGUAAAAUUAAUAUUUAUGAGUCUAUUGUUCCAAACAGUAAUCAAGGUUGGACACAUGCUUGUAUUUGUUUGAUUGAUGAUGAACAAACAUUGAGAAAUAUUGAUUCUAGCAGCAUCAUCGAGAGCAUCAAGAAGGAUGGUCAUGUAGAAAAUGUUCUUCUAGCACCACUUUUGUUCUCAAUUGAAUGCGUCAAAGAUAGGUCGAAUGAUCCGAACAAUGAUAUCAUGUUUUUAAUUGGAUUUAGUUUACCAAAAGAGAGAAAGGAGGAUUUUCCACAGGAUUGGUUUAAAGCAACACCGUACAUGUCUGGAUGUGAAGGCUUUAAACGUGGAACUGUAUACGAAGUAGUCGCGGAAAAUCCAGUUUUUCCAUUCUUUAACAUAGCAACAUGGGCAACUCUUGAUUCUUGGAAACAAGCAAUAGGAACCGAGGAAAGUAAACGAGUUCAUGCGCAUCAAGAUUAUGUUGGUCGCACGCCAUUUAUUUGCAAACAAAUGAAUUUUACUUCGACCUGA